AUGACAUCCAGAUUGCAGGGGAGCAGAGCAGAGAGUGAGUGAGAGAGAGACUGGGAGAGAGAAAGAACUCAACAACCCGUUCAGUUUCAGGGAGAAAACAGAGAAUAUCAGCCAGUGCAUGUUUUAUUUUACAGCUUCAUACUUGGCAUCUUGUGGAAAAUUCCGACUUUAGAAAUGUAGUUGGACACAAAGAAAACCUGAGAAGAAUACAUCAAUGUGUUUUUGAAAACAAAAGCGUUAGCAUAAACGUUUCCUGUUUCUUGACAUCGUAGUAGAACGGAGAACCCCUUGGUUUGAACCCUGCGCUCAUCUCCAGUUUUGUGAAGAACACUGUCUGCUGCAAUCCAACCGUCAAGAUGUGUGACCUGAUGCCAGUUUCGAAACCUGCAGAAAAAAUCGGCAAAAUGAAAAAGUUGCGAAGAACUUUGUCAGAGAGCUUCAGUCGCAUAGCUUUCAAGAAAGAGGACAGUGGCUUUGAUGAGAUAUGUGUCACAAAGAUGUCCACACGCAGCGGCCAGGGAAAGGACUCGGUCAUCACGCCCCUGGACACCAUCCCUGAGGACAGGAAGGUAAGGGUUCAGCGGACACAGAGCGGUUUCGACGCCUUCGAGAAACCCGCCAGCCAGGUGAAGAGGGUGCACUCAGAGAACAAUGCCUGUAUCUCCUCCAAGGCCUCCUCUACUGGGAAAGAGUCGCCCAAACUGCGCCGACACUCCAGCCCCAGCUCUCCCACAAGCCCCAAGUUCGGAAAGGCUGAUUCCUAUGAGAAGCUUGAGAAACUGGGAGAAGGCUCGUACGCUACAGUAUACAAAGGGAAAAGCAAGGUGAACGGCAAGCUAGUAGCCCUGAAAGUGAUUCGUCUGCAGGAGGAGGAGGGGACACCGUUCACCGCCAUCAGAGAAGCGUCUCUUCUGAAAGGUCUGAAGCACUCCAACAUCGUGCUGCUCCAUGACAUCAUCCACACCAAGGAAACCCUGACGCUGGUCUUUGAGUAUGUGCACACAGACCUGUGCCAGUACAUGGACAGGCACCCAGGAGGACUGCAUCCAGACAAUGUGAAGUUGUUCCUGUACCAGUUGCUGAGAGGUCUGUCCUACAUCCACCAGAGGUAUAUCCUGCACCGUGACCUCAAGCCUCAGAACCUGCUCAUCUCUGACACUGGAGAACUCAAACUGGCCGACUUCGGUCUGGCACGGGCUAAGUCAGUCCCCAGCCACACCUACUCCAAUGAGGUGGUGACCCUGUGGUACCGCCCCCCUGAUGUCCUCCUGGGAUCCACAGACUACUCCACCUGCCUGGACAUGUGGGGUGUGGGCUGCAUCUUCAUCGAGAUGAUCCAAGGAGUGGCAGCUUUCCCUGGGAUGAAGGAUAUCCAGGAUCAGCUGGAGAGGAUAUUCCUGGUCCUAGGCACCCCCUGUGAGGAUACCUGGCCGGGGGUCCACUCCCUGCCCCACUUCAAACCAGACAGCUUUACUGUCUACAGUUCCAAGAAGCUCAGACAAGCAUGGAAUAAGUUGGGCUAUGUGGACCAUGCUGAGGAGUUAGCCUCUAGGUUCCUCCAGUGCUUCCCAAAGAACCGUCUGUCUGCUCAGGCAGCUCUCCAGCAUGAGUACUUCAGCCACCUUCCUCCACGGCUCUGGGAGAUCUCAGACAUGGCUACUAUCUUCACGGUACCAAAUGUCAAGCUGCAGGUGGAGUCAGGUGACAGUAUACAGGUGUGUACCAGGACCAGCUCCAGCCAUGCUAAAGGACCGUCCAGCAGCAAACACUGACCGGGGCAGACUGCCCCUCAGCUAGCCAGGUUGCUGCUGUGGUCAGUCCAAGAGAGAAGGACAAAGACACUGAGAUGGAGGAGCCACCGGGAUCACAUACCCUCUUCUGUUUCUUUAACUUAUUACUUUUCCAACCGUGU